UUAAAGCCAAAUUUCUUAUUUUAAAGAAUACAAUUCAUUUUUUCACUCUUUGGAAUUGUUUAAUUUUAUUCUAAGUUUUUGGGACAUGGAGAUUGGAGGUUGGUUGGAAUGAAAUGGAGAUGGAGGAUGGCAAUUUGUGAAUUGUGUGCUGUGGAUUCAGAACUGUGCAUAUGCUUCAAUUUGAAAUGUUGAUUGUUUGUUGGAUUUAAUUUAUGUAAUAAGGGUGAAUUUCGAAUCCUUCUAUACGGUAUUGUUUAGAUGUUGAUUAGUGCACAUAGUUAUUUUGUCUUAAUGCAGAAGUCUACAUAUUUGGUUAGAGGCAAAUUUAGAAUGAUUGAUUUUCACCAGUCAUUCCACUACGUAUCAUGCGAGAAUUGUAACAAGGCAACUGGCUAUGACCUCGGUGAAAACUUCAUAUGUUAUAGUUGCAAGAAUGCAGCAAUUGCACGGGCAAGGUGUCGAGUUUAUUUAGAUGUGUAUGAUGAUACCACAUCGACACCCGUUGUUAUUUUUGGAUCUUUGGCAGAGGAAAUUUUGGGAUGCACAGCUGUUGAUCUUAUAGACCGUACAGACGAGGAACAUCUGCCUUAUAUUGAAAACAUUGCAAACAACAUUGAAAAUAAUGAGUGGAUCAUAGUCUUGGGUGCGCAGAUGAAUGAAUCUGGGAGGUUACGUCAAAACAAACUUACUGUAUUAUCUGUUAAUAAUGUCCCAGGAACAGCAACAUGA